GGCUUCCCUUCCGGCCGGCGGCCCCGCGUGGUCGGCGCAAGCGCAGUGGGGACCGGUGCGGGGGAGCGUGAUGAUGCAGGGGGAACAGAGUCCAGCUACUUCCCUCAUUGACAGAACCAUCAAGAUGAGGAAGGAGACUGAGGCCAGAAAAGUGGUUUUGGCUUGGGGACUCCUUAAUGUGUCAGUUGCAGGCAUGAUUUAUACUGAAAUGACUGGAAAACUGAUAAGUUCAUAUUAUAACAUUACAUACUGGCCACUGUGGUAUAUUGAACUUGCACUUGCAUCUUUGUUCAGUCUGAAUGCCUUAUUUGAUUUCUGGAGGUAUUUCAAAUACACUGUGGCACCAACUAGCUUAGUUAUGAGUCCUGGACAGCAGACCCUUCUUGGGCUUCAGAAUGCAUCAGUACAAACAACUCCGCCCCGUGAGCUAGUGACCAAGAAAGUCCCUUCUUCAACACCUUCUCCUCCAAUCCAGGGUCAGAGUGUGCUGAGUUACAGCCCAUCCCGCUCACCUAAUACCAGCCCAAAGUUUGCCACUGGUUGCAUGACUGGGUACAGCCCUCAGCUACAGACUUUGUCAGGCAGCAGCAGUUCUUAUAGCACUGCUGUGACCUACUCACCAAACAGCAACUACAGUAAGGUAUCCAGCUUCAGUCCCUCCCCUGGUGCCUCACCAUACCCCACCAGCAUUGGACCAGUGGAAAGCAGUGGGCUGAGGUCUCGGUACCGUUCUUCGCCAACUGUGUAUAACUCGCCUAUUGGCAAAGAAGAUUAUAUGACAGACCUAAAGUCCCUGGACAGCUUCCUUCAAAGUGAAGAAGAGAAGCAACAUCGAGUUCAGCUGGGAACCUCCCACUGUUUAAAAAUUGCUUGGCGCUCAGCACGGAGUAAUCGUUUGUUUACUGAACGGGUAAUUUCAGGGGGUUCAGAUUCCAGCUCUCCUUCCAGCAGUCCGAGUCUUUGGAACUGCGGCCGUUCCGUGGGAGACUGUGCACAAGUGCUGAGGAAGUCCCGGUACCAGCUGGCCUGCAGGUCCCAAGCCCCCUCAGCACACAAAGACGACGCUGAUCUGAGCUCGAAGCAGGCGGCAGAAGAGGUUUGGUUGAGGGUGAUAAUGAAUCGACAACUACUCAAUCAUGUGGACUCAUGGACAGCUAAGUUCAGAAAUUGGAUUAACGAGACUAUUUUAGUGCCACUUGUGCAAGAGAUUGAUUCUGUGAGCACUCAGCUGAGAAGAAUGGGGUGUCCAGAGUUGCAGAUUGGAGAAGCCAGUAUUAGCAGUCUGAAACAAGCUGCUCUUGUUAAAGCUCCACUCAUCCCGACACUGAACACUAUAGUGCAGUACCUGGACCUUACACCAAACCAGGAAUAUUUGGUUGAAAGAAUCAAAGAGCUUUCUCAGGGAGGAUGCAUGAGUUCAUUCCGAUGGAACAGAGGAGGGGACUUCAAGGGCCGUAAAUGGGAUACUGAUUUGCCCACUGAUUCUGCUAUCAUUAUGCACGUGUUCUGCACUUAUCUUGACUCCAGGCUGCCUCCUCACCCAAAAUAUCCUGAUGGUAAAACAUUUACCUCACAACACUUCAUUCAAACACCAGAUAAGCCAGAUGUUUCAAAUGAGAAUGUUAUUUGCAUCCACCAGAGCACCAUCAACCCUCCCCACUAUGAACUUAUCUACCAGUGCCAAGUUUACAACUUACCCAAGGGCAGAAACAACAUGUUCCAUACCUUGCUUAUGUUCCUGUGCAUCAUAAAGACAAAAGAAUCUGGGAUGCUUGGGCGAGUAAAUCUUGGCUUAUCAGGAGUGAAUGUUCUGUGGAUCUUGGGAGACUAGUACAUCAUUGUUCACUUUGGAUGGCCUCCCCCUUCACAAAGUGAGAAACAAUCUCUGAGAUAACUAAACAGCUUAUUACACUUGUGCCUUGAACAUAAACCUACAACGAUGUACUCGUAUGAGAUCCUUGUGAACAUAGGAUAUGUUUGCAUUCAAUACACUGUUUGCAUGAGAACAUACUUCCAGCACUGAAAUACUCCUACCAGCUCUUUUGCGCAAAGACGUCUCUUUACAACUUCCCACCUUUACAAGCCCUACUUUAAAAGCCUUCACCAUUCUUCUGGCUGAGUUGCCCUCCAGAGGCCACCACUGCUGAUACUGGAAUUAGAAGCAACUCAGCGGUACCCCUGCCAGCUUGGGGAAUGAAUUGUGAGCCCUCAUCUGCGUGACAGGGUAGAAUACUACAGCGCAACUUGGACUGCCCUACUAAGGUUGUACACUGCUGCUUGGUACUUGUUACUUCAGUGCUGCCACUUGACAAAUCAGUCACUGCAAGUGUGGCCAAGUGCAAGAUCCACAUGCACUGGGAAAUGCCACAUAAUCAGGAUUCUCUUCGGCUUAUGCAGAAAGGCUUGUGGCUAUCCAUCAUUGGAGUACCAGUGUAGUGGGAUUUUGUGGCACCAUCACACUUUUAAAGUGACUGCACUGUAGGUGUAAGUGAAAGAAAACUUCAGACCCUACACACCAGUUAGACUAUAUUCUUAUGGAUCUUUUUUUUUUUAAACAAAAUAACCCGAAAUCUUUUAAACUGGAGUGUGUUUGGGGCAACAAAACGUUGCUGAUGUCUUGACUGCAGUUGAAGUCUUGCCCUAACUUCAUUUAUUUUUUAAAAAGUUCUCGCAUUAGUAUUUCUGGUAUUAAUCCCCUAUUUUUAGAGGUGUUUGAGCUGUAAAAAUUUACUCUAAAAUGGAAUGUAGCUUCAGUGUGUCUGCAUAAGAACAAAAUUUUUACACUUAAAUCAGGAUGUCCUAGGAGUCCAAAGGGGCAUCAUCUCCUCCACGCCCCCAUAGCCCCACGUUGCUGGGAAUUUCAUCAUAACCAAGGACAAACAGAUGCAACUUGACCAUCGUUAGUCACUGGAGGAACUUGAGGCUCUGCUGGUGUUUCCUGCCCGGGGCAGAUAGCAAUGACCCAGAAGCAAGAAUCAAAUUUAUGACUUGAACUCCUGUCUUGUAUGGGUGGCACGUCACUUUAGAUCCUCAGGCCAGCCAACACCUUACUUUGAGAAAAAAGACCUGUUCUGCUCUUUAUGACAAGUAUUUACAAUGGUGGGAUGUCCCUGGAUAACCCAGCAUGGUUUUUUUACAGUUAUAUAAGCAAUUGCUCUGCAAUGUAGACUAGUUGCUCCCUGGAAAAAUUUGAGUUAAACUUGUUUUAAACAAAAUGGAUUCCUACAUGUAUGCCAAGGUUUUUUCCUAUAGGGAUAAAGGAUACAUUGCAAAUCCUGGUAACCAGGGAAUUUUAAAAAUGUGUGCUAUAGGGUUCUUUUUAAAAAUAUAUAUAUUGUGGGGACCAUUUCAGAAGCCCUCUGGUAAGGGUAAUGUUAAGGGUUCUCCUGUUUCUUUCAGUCUCUUGUCAUCAGGUAUGACGUUAAGGCAGGGUGGCCUACUUAAUUUUACCCUUUCAACCCACAAUAACCGGAAAAUUGAGACCACAAUGUCACUGUGUUAAACUGCCAACGAUGAUGCUCUGUAGAACCCUGCUUGAAGUAUUCCUCCAGGAUUCAGUAAAAGAGCUGGCUGGUUAGACUUGUGAAGAAUACACAAGGUUUGUAUUGGUUUUACAAUGACUACACUCUUUUGUACUGUGUUCAGUUUUUACUGAACUGUGGAUUGCCUACCUAGAUGAGCAGGUGGGGACAAGUUUGGAAAUGUCAUUUUUAGUAUGCUCAGCACAAUUACCAUUCAUGAUCUCAGUUGGACUGUUUGGUAUUUUUAAUGCAUGAGCCGAACUUAUUGCCAUUGUCUGUCAGAACUGCAUCUUACUCUACAACUUCCCCCAGGAGGUAUGAAUUUUUCCUGGAGAUCAGACUGUUAACAAUGGUUAAUUUGGUGCCUGUAUUAAAUGGGUUCAUUUGGUUAAACGUGUGUGUGUGGUUUUGUGCAAUAACAAAUGGCAUAUUUUGUCUCCCAAAUAUCUGUUUACACACCCCAUAUCAUCUAGUUUGAGACUUAUUUCCGCAUUAUACAAUUCACUGUCAGGUUUGCAUGUCAGUUCAUCUGUAGCAAUGAGUAACUAAACUUUACUGUAAUGUGGCAUGUGCUUAGAAAAGGUGGCAAAGAACUGACAGAUACACUAUUUGAGUGGCAUUUAAGGCAGGAAGGAAAUUGGUUUGGUCUGGUAACAAUCAUGUUAGUGCAUGCCGUUCUAAUUGAAGCUGCUCAAGGGUAUCUGAAAGCAGACAGUAGUUCUAAUGUCUUCCAUCUUGAACACUGCACAUAUCUUGUGGGUGAGACAGCCCAGCAGCAGGAAACACAACCAUUAUGGUUCUAACACCUCUAGUGCUAAAAUAUAUCACAUAGGUUCCAACAGAUACUUGCUUCUUCCUUUAUGAACUUUCAGAUUGUUUGUUUGGAGACAGAAGAGAGAAAUAGACAUAGCUGUUGAAGCUUGGGCUUUUGGUCUGAAAUCUGAACAAAGUUAGCUAAUGAGUUCUUUGCAUAAGUUUUUCAGGAGUAAUAUCUUAUCCAAGAGCUACUUUUUUCUUGAAACCACAUAAUAUCUAGUAUUUUAAAAAAAACUAUGCAAAGGCAAUAUUAGUCAUCAAACUAUAGAAGAAAGCUCAUCCAAAUUUUGUUUAACUGUUUGGAGCCUGCCACUGUUUCACUGAAAGUGGCUACUGUCCUGAGUGCAAAUAUUAUGCAGGCUCUCAACCCUUCCAGACUACUGUACUCCUUUCAGGAGUCUAAUUUGUCUUGUGUACCCCAAGCUUCACUUCACUUAAACUCAUUGCUUACAAAAUCGUACAUAAAAAUAUAAGUGUCACAGCACACCUACUGAAAAAUUGCUUACUUUCUCAUUUUUACCAUAUAAUUAUAAAAGAAAUCAAUUGGAAUAUAAAUAUACUUAGUGUAUAGCCUAUAGAGCAGUGUAAACAAGUCAUUGUAUGAAAUUUUAGUUUGUAUUGACUUUGCUAGUGCUUUUAUGUAGCCUGUUUAUAAAACUAGGCAAAUAUCAAGAUGAGUUGAUGUACCCCCAGAAGACCUCUGUGUACCCCCAGGGGUACGCAUACCCCUGGUUGAGAAUCACUGAUCUAGCCAAUGGAGGGUUUCUAUUAAAAGGUGAAGUAUGAUAGUAAAAAGCUGAGAUUGCUAAUAAAAUUUGGGUAGCCUUAAUUACAAACAUGGCCUCAGUCUAGUUCUUAGAGGAUGGGUGUUCAUAUCUCAAAAAAGUAAAUUCUAAUUGACCACUUGUUGGCAACCUCAGAAGAGAGGUCAACAAAUGAAUUGCUAUGGAGAGUGAAUUCCUCUUACCCCUAAAUGAGGUCCCUCUAAAGCAGGAUUCAGGCAUGCUGGUGGGGCAGUAUGAGGGAAGCUCACUGCUUAUUUUGCCUACUGUGUGACUAAAGGGGAGGGCUCAGGCCCCAGUUAUCUCAAGCCAACACCCUUCAGCAGCACUAACUUUCCACUGUUGCUUUUAAAUUAAAAGAAAGCUCACUUUUUUACAAAAUCUAACUAGACCAUAGGCUUUUCUCCUUCAGUAGCUGAAGAGCUUUUCUCUUGUGCUACAUGGAUGAUUCCAGUGUCAACUGCCUGUUUUGCCUGCUUCUACAGCUCUCCUUUGUGCAUUCUUCCCACUGUCCUGUAUAGGUGAGACCAUUACCAGGUCUCUUACUUCAAGUCACUUCUCAAGACCCACAACUGUGAUGCCAACAGCCAACUACUAAUAAUGGCUGGUUUGAGACACGAGAUGGUUAUUACACAUUUCAAGUGCCUUCCUUGAAUGUGAGCUCUUUAGAGAACCGGCACUGUUUCUUGUACGUUUUGAAAACCCACCUAGCCUUUGCGAGCUCCUAUACAUCAAAUAAGACAUCUCUAUUGCCUGCAGUGAUGCAGGGUUUUACAUUAAAUGUUAGUGAUGCCUUCUACUCCUGGAGGAGAUGACUGAGUUUCAACUACCGUAUUUCAAAAUGUAUUUACUUUGUGUUCCCAUUGUCUGUCAAUGAUUGUCUUACAUUUAAAAAGCAUUUUGUUCAUUUCUUCCUAAACCUCUUCAUCGCCUUUUUUAUUGACUUAAGAACAUAAGAAUGGCCAUAAUGGGUCAGACCAAUGGUCCGUCUGUCCCAGCAUCCUGUCUUCUGACAGGGGUCAAUGCCAGAUGCUUCAGAGGUAAUGAAUAGCACAGGGCAGUUAUCAAGUGAUUCGUCCCAUCGUCCAGUUCCAGCAUCUGGCAUUCAGAGGCUUAGGAACGCCCAGAGCAUGUGAUUGUAUCCCUGAUCAUGUUGGCUAAUACCCAUUGAUGGACCUGUCCUCCAUUAACUUCUCAUCCUUUUUUGAACUCCAUUAUACUUUUGGUCUUCGCAACAUCCCUGGCAAUUAAUUCUGUGACUGUGUUAUGUGAAGAAGAACUUUGUUUGUUUUAAACCUGAUCCCUGUUAAUUUCAUUGGGUGACCCCUGGUUCUUGUGUUAUGUGAACAGGUAAAUAACACUUUUUUCCCACCCCAGUCAUGAUUUCAUAGACCGCUGUCAUAUUCCCCCUCAGUUGUCUCUUUUCCAAGCUGAACAGUCCCAGUCGUCUUAAUCUCUCCUCAUAUGGAAUCUGUUCCGUACCCCUAAUUAUUUUUAUUUCCCUUCUCUGUACCUUUUCCAAUUUUAGUACAUCUUUUUGGAGAUUGGUUGACCAGAACUGCACACACUAUUCAAGGUGUGAGCAUACUAUGGAUUUAUAUAGUGGCAUUAUAUUUACUAAAAAGAAAAGGAGUACUUGUCAUCUAGUUCAUCACAUCUGAUGAAGUGAGCUGUGGCUCACGAAAGCUCAUGCUCAAAUAAAUUGGUUAGUCUCUAAGGUGCCACAAGUACUCCUUUUCUUUUUGCGAAUACAGACUAACACGGCUGUUCCUCUGAAACCUGUCAUUAUAUUUACUGUCUUCUCCAUCCCUUACCUAAUGGUUCCAAAUAUUCGCUUUUUUGACUGCGGCUACCCAUUCAGCAGAUGUUUUCAAAGAAGUAUCCACAGUGACCCCAAUAUUUUUCUUGAGUGAUAACAGCUAAUUUAGACCCUAUCGUUUUGUAUUUAUAGUUGGGAUUAUGUUUUCCAAUGUGUAUUACUUUGUAUUUAUCAAUAUUGAAUUUCAUCUACCAUUUCGUUGCCCAGUCACCCAGUUUUGUGAGACCCCUUCAUAACUCUUCGCAGUCAACUUUAGAUUUAACUAUCUUGAGUAAUUUUGUAUCGUCUGCAAACUUUGCCACCUGUUUACCUCUUUUUCCAGAUCAUUUAUGAAUAUGUUGAACAGCACUGGUCCUAGUACAGAUCUUUGGAAGACCCUGCUAUUUACCUGUCUCUAUCGUGAAAACUGACGAUUUAUUCCUACCCUUUGUUUCCUGUUUUUUAACCAGUUACUGCUCCAUGAAGAGGACCUUCCCUCUUAUCCCAUGAUUGCUUAGUUUGCUUAAGAGCCUUUCAUGAGGACCCUGUCAAAGCUUUUUAAAAGUCCAAGUACACUAUAUAGAAUCAUAGAAUCUCAGGGUUGGAAGGGACCUAAGGAGGUCAUCUAGUCCAACCCCCUGCUCGAAGCAGGACCAAUCCCCAACUAAAUCAUUCCAGCCAGGGCUUUGUCAAGCCUGACCUUAAAAACGUCUAAGGAAGGAGAUUCCACCACCUCCCUAGGGAACCCAUUCCAGUGCUUCACCACCCUGCUUGUGAAAAAGUUUUUCCUAAUAUCCAACCUAAACCUCCCCCACUGCAACUUGAGACCAUUGCUCCUCGUUCUGUCAUCUGCUACCACGGAGAACAGUCUAGAUCCAUCCUCUUUGGAACCCCCUUUCAGGUAGUUGAAAGCAGCUAUUCAAUCCCGCCUCAUUCUUCUCUUCCACAGACUAAACAUUCCCAGUUUCCUCAGCCUCUCCUCAUAAGUCAUGUGUUCAAGUCCCCUAAUCAUUUUGUUGCCCUCCGCUUGACGCUUUCCAAUUUUUUCACAUCCUUCUUCUAGUGUAGGGCCCAAAACUGGACACAAUACUCCAGAUGGGGCCUCACCAAUGUUGAAUAGAGGGGAACGAUCACAUCCCUCGAUCCGCUGGCAAUGCCCCUACUUAUACAGCCCAAAAUGCCAUUGGCCUUCUUGGCAACAAGGGCACACUGACUCAUAUCCAGCUUCUCAUCCACUGUAACCCCUCGGUCCUUUUCUGCAGAACUGCUGCCUAGCCAUUCGGUCCCUAGUCUGUAGCGGUGCAUGGGAUUCUUCCGUCCUAAGUGCAGGACUCUGCACUUGUGCUUGUUGAACCUCAUCAGAUUUCUUUUGGCCCAAUCCUCUAAUUUGUCUCGGUCCCUCUGUAUCCUAUCCUUACCCUCCAGUGUAUCUACCACUCCUCCCAGUUUUGUGUCAUCUGCAAACUUGCUGAGGGUGCAAUCCACACCUUCCUCAGAUCAUUUAUGAAGAUAUUGAACAAAACCGGCCCUAGGACCGACCUUAGGGCACUCCGCUUGAUACCGGUUGCCAACUAGACAUGGAGCCAUUGAUCACUACCCGUUAAGCCUGACAAUCUAGCCAGCUUUCUAUCCACCUUAUAGUCCAGUCAUCCAGCCCAUACUUCUUUAAUUUGCUGGCAAGAAUACUGUGGGAGACCAUGUCAAAAGUAUUGCUAAAGUCAAGGAACAACACGUCCACUGCUUUCCCUUCAUCCACAGAGCCCGUUAUCUCGUCACAGAAGGCAAUUAGAUUAGUCAGGCAUGACUUGCCCUUGGUGAAUCCAUGCUGACUGUUCCUGAUCACUUUCCUCUCCUCGAAGUCCUUCAGAAUUUAUUCCUUGAGGACCUGCUCCAUGAUUUUUCCAGGGACUGAGGUGAGGCUGACUGGUCUGUAGGUCCCCGGAUCCUCCUCCUUCCCUUUUUUUAAAGAUGGGCACUACAUUAGCCUUUUUCCAGUCCUCCGGGACCUCCCCUGAUCACCAUGAGUUUUCAAAGGUAAUGGCCAAUGGCUCUGCAAUCACAUCCGCCAACUCCUUUAGCACUCUCGGAUGCAGUGCAUCCGGCCCCAUGGACUUGUGCUCGUCCAGCUUUUCUAAAUGGUCCCGAACCACUUCUUUCUCCACAGAGGGCUGGUCACCUUCUCCCCAUGCUGUGCUGCCCAGUGCAGAAGUCUGGGAGCUGACCCUGUUUGUGAAGACAGGCAAAAAAAAGCAUUGAGUACAUUAGCUUUUUCCACAUUGAGUGGAAAUUAGCUAUAUUUACAGAAAUUUCCACAUUGAGUACAUUAGCUAUAUCCACUGGAUCAGCCUUGUCCACAUAUUUGUUGACCCCCUCAAAUAAUUCUAAUGGACUGGUGAAGUAUGAUUUUCCUUUACGAAAGCAGUGUUGACUCUUUUUCCAACAUAUUGUGUUCAUCUCUGUGUCUGAUGAUUCUGUUUUUGACUAUGAUGUCAACCAGUUGCCUGGUACUGAAAUUUUGCUUACCAGCCUGAAAUCGCCAGGGUCGCCUCUGGAGCCUUUUUAAAAAAUCGGUGUUACAUUAGCUGUCCUCCAUUCAUGUGGAUGCUGAUUUAAGCAAUAAUUUACAUACCACAGUUAAGCCUUGUCUACGCUGCAGAGUUUUGUCGACAAAACAGUGGAGGUGCGUACACACUACAAUGUUUCUUCUGCCAACAAAACUCAUGCUUUGCUGACAAAAUAAAACCACUUCUAUGAGAGGUGUAGAGCUUUUUGCACAAAGUUAUAUUGACAGUGUCAGGGUAGACACUGUGCUUGGUUAUGUCACAGUAAAGGGCCCAAGGAGAUGUCCCACAGUGCCCAUCCUGACUGCUCUGGUCAACAGUUCAAACUCUGCUACCCUGUACCCAGAUAUACAGGCAUCCCCGCACCUUCCCCUUUAAAGGCACAGGGCUUUUUGAAAUUCCACUUCCAGUUUACUCAGCGUGGUGCACUCAUAUGGCAACUCUCCAUCUGACCAGGGCAGUUUCACGCUCCAAACACUCUUCUGCUUGGAGCACACCGGAGCUGUUGAAUCUGCUGAGUAUAUGGGGAGAGGAAGCUGUGCAGUCCCAGCUCCACUCCAGCUGGAGGAACUUCAAUAGCAACAGUCAGAUUUCCCAUGGCAUGUUGGAGAAGGGCUAUGAAUGGGACAUGCAGCAGUGCCAUGCAAAGAUCAAGGAGUGGAGGCAGGUGUACCAGAAGGCAAGGGAGUCAAACCCUCAUUCCGGUAUUGCGCUGAAGACCUGCCAAUUCUAUAAGGAGCUGGACACCAUUCUUGGUGGUCGAGGUGGGGCUGCCACCAAAAGGCCCGUGGAUACUUCAGUGGGACUGGAGACAGUGGACAGCAGAAUCAGCCUCAAGGAUGAAGUCGUGGACAAGGAGGUCGAGUUGGAGGAGAAAAUGGAACAGGUGACAGGGUCGUCCAGGACCAUGGGGAGCCAGGAGCUCUUUUCAACCCCGGAGGGUUCAAGCCAUUCCCAGCACUCCGUCUCUGGCGUGCAUGAUGCAGGAGAGGGGAGCUCUGGUAAGUGAUCUUUUUGAGUUAAUGCUGCUGGGUCAUAUGAGGUGGAGCUGUCCUUUGCUUUGUUAUAUUCUAGAAGUGGGUGAAGGGAUAGAAAUGUACAAGGCUAGCUGUGUUUGCAUGUGCUUCACUUUGCCCCGUACAGCUAAGCAGUUCGGUGGAACAGCGUGUUAAUGUACACUGAGAUUUCACAGAAAUCCUCCAGAGAGAUCUCUAGGAAACUUUCCUGGAGGUACUUGCUAAUCCUCUGCUGAAGGUUCCUUGGCGCAGAGCUGCUUUUGUUCCUUCCCCCAAUGUAGGAAACUUUCCCAUGUCAAUCAGCAAUCAUGUGUGCUGGGACCAAAGUGGCACACAGGCGAGCAGCGAAGGGACCCGGUCUGAAGCCGCACCCACUUAGGAGAUACACCCUUUCAUCUUGCUCACCCUCAGGAGUGAGAUAUCGGCUAUAAUGACCCCCACCUGUUGAAAAUGGUGGCAGAAUUUACAAUUUUGUCCUUAGUUGCCUGCAGUGAUCCGCUUAAAAAACCAUCUCAACCCUUUGCCCCAUCUUGAGGUCUCCCCGGGGCUGAGCUCAUCAUGUUUAGGGUGUUGGUUAAGCUCUGUGCUUGCCAAGUGCCAGUGAGAAACUGAUUCAUAAAAAGAGAGGUGUAUUUUACUUUGCUGUGAGUGCACUAACAAUUGUGUUUGUUUAUUCUUUCUUGUACUUCUGUAGAUGUGGCCUUCAGGGGAACCCCUUACACAUCGGCGGAGCACCUCCACCAGAUAAGGAAGUGACUGAGGAGGAGCAAAGAGGACAUGUUUUGAUAGGUGCUCCAAUCUUCGGAGGACAAUAAACAAGAACUCAGGGCAUGGAGAGAGACUUUAAAAAGACAAAUAUAAAACAGGCAGGACAGAAAGGAGAGCCAGGAGUGAAUUUUAAUGGGCCAGGAGUGGAUGAUAAAAGUGAUGGAGGACCGAAGUCCCAAAUUAUAAUGCAGGCUGAAUUCAUGCAUGCUCGCCUCCUCCCCCCUCACAACAAUACCGAACUGCUUGCCUUCUGCCCCUUGAAGCCAAUACCGAACUGCUUGCCAUGCUCCUCCUAAACUCCUCCCACACCUUCCUUCCAACCUCCCGACCUGUCUUGUUACUCCAUUCACUCUAUCCCUUUGGACAGUUUCCAAAAUGACAGCUGGACUUACACAUAGCUAUGAGAGCCUACCCUGCCCUUCACUGUUAUCUCCCUUCCCCCCAAGCAUUUAGUGUGUGUGGUUGUUUUGUAUUUAAUAAAAACAUACUCUCUGAAAGAUAA